CUGUCGCCUCGAGAGGGUCUCCCGCUGUCGCACGCGUUAUCGACAGCGUUCGACACUGCUGCUGACAGUGAACAGCGCCCCACUCUGUCGACGGGAGCCUCUCCUGCUGGGAGGGUCGAUAACCUCAGGUGUCGAUCAGUACCAGUGGGCACCUCUUUAUCUGCUUCGUUUGGUCGCUGCCUGAUUCCACGACGUAGGCUGUGUCGCAGAAAAGCACCUAACAAAAUUUGUUGCACUGCGUUACCCACAUUCUAACAUCUGUCUCAAGAAUCUUAAAAGAAUUUGGAGAGCCAUCUAACGAGGAGUGGACUCCACUGCCCCGAUAAUCCUGUUGCGUUUAAUUGCACAAUCCACGCUGAUACUGCGACUCAGAAUACGGGAAACGCAGUGCGAGUUGCUUGUGCAAUGUAAUGCAAUCCACCUGCCACGCUGGUGCCACUGGCAGACAAGCGCCCGUAUCUGUGACCCGUGAGGCAGACCCCACGGAGCAGGUUUCUGAGGACUGCCUGGGAGUGGUGUCCUAGUGAAGAGCGGUGAUUCGUGACUUGGACGCGUGUCGCCUGCCAUCCGACAACCAUGAGUCAAGAGGACCCCGACGAGCCGCAGACGAUUACUGACGAGUUGGCCGUCCGCCAGGACAAGGACCUCGAGGAAGAGGCGGCAAGCCACCGGGCGCACACGGUGUUCGUGGGCGUGCACCUCCCGGGCCGCCGGCACUCGCACCACCGCCGCCAUUCGCACCACAGACACCACCGCUCCACCGACAAGGACUCCGGAGCCUCUGGGGACGAUGAGCGGCCCAGCCCGGUGCCUCUGGCGCCCCCCUCCGCCCCUGUGCUGAUGGGCCGCGGCCGCAGGCCCAGCGUGCUCUUCGAGGACACCGAGAUCUUCACGCCUCCGGCGCAACGCGUCCAGUUCAUCCUGGGAGAAGAUGUGGACGACAACGCCCACGAGCCGCACCCACUCUUCUCAGAACUGGGGGAACUUGUCUACGAUGGCAACGAGAUGGAGUGGAAGGAGACCGCCAGAUGGAUAAAGUUUGAAGAAGAUGUAGAAGAAGGUGGAAAUCGAUGGUCUAAGCCACAUGUUGCUACUCUCUCUUUGCACUCACUCUUUGAACUCCGUUCUCUCUUACUCAAUGGCACUGUGAUGCUUGACAUGGAAGCAGCAUCUUUAGAACAGGUUGUUGAUCUUGUGCUAGACAAUAUGAUCAGUUCUGAUGCCUUACCAUUGGAAAGCAGAGACAAGGUGAGGGAAGUACUUCUCCGACGACAUAGGCAUCAGCACGAGCGUCGCAAGGAGAAUGCAACCAAUAUGUCACGCCUCCCAAUUAUUCGUUCACUAGCAGAAAUUGGCAGAAAUCACUCCUCUUCCAAAAACUUCUCACAGGAGACACAGAAGGUACCACAGCAGGUGAUCCGCAGUUCAAGCUGUCCUUCAUCACAGACAGCUCUGCUAGAUGUCCGGGAUAAUAAGGGGCCAUACCUUGCUGUUCCAGUGGAGGAGCAGCCAACAGGGUCUCAGCCAGCCAACACCACCAUCAACAGUAACAAGUUGGACUUUGGCCGAUUUCUUUCUGUCCCUGGAGCUGGGCCUGCAGGCAGCUCUCCACAGGGUGUAGCUCAGAGUCAAAGUUCGGUGUCUAUUAAAUCAAUGAAUCGAAACCAAAGUUCCUCUGCUCUUGGUGAAAUGAAUGGAGAUGGAGGGCAUCCAAAGGGUAAUGUGCAUUUCAUGAGGAAAAUUCCUCCUGGAGCUGAGGCAUCUAACAUACUUGUUGGAGAAAUGGACUUCUUGGACAAAACAAUAUCUGCAUUUAUACGGUUACGACAAGCUAAUUUCUUAGGUGACUUAACAGAGGUUCCAGUUCCUACGAGAUUUAUCUUUGUUUUACUUGGUCCAACUGGUGGAAUAGCUGGUUUUCAUGAAAUUGGGCGUGCGAUGGCGACUCUAAUGUCAGAUGAGGUGUUUCAUGAUGUAGCAUACAAAGCUAAGAAUAGAAAUCAUCUGCUUGCAGCAAUUGAUGAAUUUCUGGAUGCAGUGACAGUUCUUCCUCCUGGUGAGUGGGAUCCUUCCAUCAGGAUAGAGCCACCAGCAGCAAUACCAUCACAGGACCAGAGGAAGAGGCCUCCUGAAAAACAAAUAGAUGAAGAUGAUGAGGAGGAACAGGAACAGAAGUUAAGGGAAGAGUCUGGUCUGGCAAGGUCAGGCAGACUAUUUGGGGGCCUCAUUAAUGACAUCAAAAGGAAAACACCAUGGUACUGGUCAGAUUUUAAAGAUGCUCUGGCCAUACAAUGUGUUGCAUCUUGGAUUUUCUUAUAUUUUGCUUGCCUGUCCCCCAUUAUUACAUUUGGUGGUCUUUUGGGUCAUGCAACAGGAAAUAACAUGGCAGCGAUGGAAUCUCUGGUAUCUGGUUUUGUUUGUGGAAUAGGAUAUGGGUUUUUUUCUGGCCAACCAUUGACUAUACUUGGAUCUACUGGCCCCGUUCUUGUGUUUGAAACAAUCAUGUAUGAUUUCUGUAUGAGCCAAGGAUGGGAUUACAUGUCAUUCCGGUUCUGGAUUGGUGUAUGGAUUACAAUAAUUCUUCUACUGCUUGUCGCAUUCGAUGCCAGUGCAUUUGUCUGCUACAUUACUCGGUUUACUGAAGAGAACUUUGCGACUCUAAUUGCUUUCAUCUUCAUAUAUAAGGCAGUGGAAAAUGUUCUCAGCAUUGGAAAGAAGUUCCCAUUGGACAGACACAAAGAGAUUCUGAAUGAAUGUUUCUGUGCAACAUCUAAUGACACUGACAGUGCACUAGUAGUCAACUGGACCAAUUUAGAGCCGGCUGGAUGCUUGGCAAUAAAUGGAACACUUAGUGGAGAUGGGUGCUACCCACCUCAGCAUGUGCCUGAUGUUUUCCUGAUGUCUAUUAUUUUAUUUUUUGGGACAUUCAUGUUGUCAGUGCAAAUGAAAGAUUUUAAGAAUGCUCUUUUCUUCCCAUCAUUCGUACGCCAGAUUGUGAGUGAUUUUUCUGUGAUAUUGGCAAUACUGAUGAUGUCUGGCUUGGACUUUUAUGUCGGUGUGGAAACACCAAAACUUGCUGUGCCCAGAGAAUUCAAGCCAACAUUACCUGACCGUGGGUGGCUCAUUUACCCAUUUAAUAAUAAUCCUCCAUGGACAGCAAUUGCAGCAGUUUUGCCAGCUCUCCUGGGUACAAUUCUCAUAUUUAUGGAUCAGCAAAUCACAGCUGUUAUCGUCAACCGUAAAGAAAACAAAUUAAAGAAAGGCUGUGGCUACCACCUAGACCUUUUUGUACUGGCGAUCUUGAUAGCAAUAAAUUCUCUUAUGGGCCUUCCCUGGUUUGUGGCAGCAACUGUGCUUUCCAUAAAUCAUGUUAACUCUCUGAAACUGGAAUCAGAAUGUGCUGCUCCUGGAGAGAAACCACAGUUUUUGGGUGUCAGGGAGCAGCGUGUCACACACAUACUAAUAUUCCUGAUGAUUGGUUUGUCUGUUGUCCUUACUCCUGUUCUUCAGCGUAUUCCAAUGCCAGUGCUUUUUGGUGUGUUUCUGUACAUGGGAGUUGCAUCACUGAAAGGUCUGCAGUUCUUUGACAGGAUCCUUAUAAUGUUCAUGCCUGUUAAAUAUCAACCAGAUUAUAUGUUUCUUCGCCAGGUGCCACUAAAACGUGUACAUAUGUUCACUUUAAUCCAGCUUGCUUGCCUUAUAGUGCUGUGGGUGAUAAAAUCAUUCAGCACAACAUCAAUUUUGUUUCCUCUGAUGCUUGUUGUAAUGAUUGGAAUCAGGAAACUUUUGGACUUUGUUUUCACUCAGCGUGAACUGAAAAUCCUUGAUGAUGUUAUGCCAGAAAUGACAAGAAGGCAUGCAGAAGAUCGAAGACAGCUGGAGUCUGGAGGAGAGGAGGGAAAGCCAAUGGAAUUUGGUCACUCAGGAAAUUUACAAAUACCAUUAGCAAAUGGAAAUAUAAUGAAGAUUCCAUUAGCCUCAAUUAAUAUUUCUGAAGAAGUAAACAAGACAGGUAUAUGGAAACAAGUUAAUGAAGGAAAUUACAAAGAGAAAGAAGAGAAAAAGAAGAAAAGUCCUAGUAAAAACAGCUCAAAAUCUAAAAAGCGAGGGCAUAAAAGAGAUGCAAUAACUGAUGAUGAGAAGAGGAGGUUGUCAUCAAUGCCAGAGGAGGAGGAAGACGAUGGUGUGACAAUUAAGGUGGGGAUAGGUACUUCCGAUACCAAAGUGUAACGCACCAUUCCUGUCAACUAGUCUGAUCAUCACAAUUUUUAUCAGUUCCAGUCAAAGUAUAAACACCAAAAGUGAUGCAAGAAUGAGCAGUCUGAAUGAAAGUGAAACAACGGUAUAACACAAUGAGGUCUGCAUGUGUGGGUGUGUUGAAGUGUACAUAUAUGUAUUAUUAAACAGCCAGUGCCCUGUAAAUUACUAUGUGGGUCUCUCUCUAAGAUAUUUGUAAAUGUUGUUUUAUCAGUAGAAAAAUGAAUGAUUUGUUGACAAUCUGUGUUGUGUUCCUCAGAUUAAUAAGUUACCCUGAUGUUAAUGUCUUAAAUUACAUAAUUGACUGUUAGAAUUUAUGUAAGUAUUAUUGGAUAUGCCCUGUCACACCAGGCACUUUAGACAAUGUCAGUACCAGUUUCUGCUAAAUGUUUUAGUCAAACCAACAGCAAACAUUUUAUGAUGUUUAAUUAUGUGCCAAUUUAGGAACUGAAUGAUGCUGAGUAGGCAUAACUAUUGUGGAUGCUCCAUUACUAAAGAGAUGGCAACUGCUCUCUAGUAUAUAUGUUUUGAGUACAAAUUUUAGUGGCUAAAGUAACUGGACUUCACAAGAGUUUUAUCAGUGCUGGGUAAAUGUUUACAUGUGAGAUCUCUGCUGCAGAUAUUGAUGUCAUAUUCAGUGCUACAUUUAAAAUAGUUUAAGCAUAAAUUAAUUACAAUCAGUAAACUUCUGGAUUGUGUUAUACUGCAUGGCCUAAAAAUAAUAAAACAUAAUUGUCAGUUUAUAAUUAGAUCACAUAGCAAAUUCAAAAACAAAAUUAUAGAAUUUCAUGUGUGCUGUUCUAGUCUUCACAUUUAGUGUCCACACACAUGCAUAUAACUUGAACUUAGUGGAAGUUCCUCUCUCCAGCUGUCAGAUUUUGGGAUACCUGUUGUGCACAGAUUAUGCAUCAGUGGCAGGUCAAAUGCUCAUUGAGGUGUUCUUGUAUCAGAAUAGAGGGGUCAAGGUCUGAUGGUUUUUCAUUUGAAUAUACUCAUAUGAUGUACUGAACAAAAUAACACAUUCAGUAAUUCAGCAUUACUUUAAAAAAGAAUAUCUUGCACACAAAUCUCACAUUCACAAAUACAGCUGUAAACAUGGUUGUGAGAUUUUUGAGCACUUACAUUCAGUGAAAUAAACAGGCACUGCAAACCAACAUACUGGCUGAAAAUAUUUUUUUGUUACAGUUACAAAAUCACUCUAAUUAUUGUUAAGUCUUUUUACACUACAAACAAUUAUCUUUCAUUUCAGUCAUUUGACCAGCUAUAUUCCAGCAAAUCUCAGGAAAAAUGGGCAAAAAUAAGAAUGUGAUAAUACAGUGGAUCGUGUGUGUGUGUGUGUGUGUGUGUGUGUGUGUGUGUGUGUGUGUGUGUGUGUGUGUGUAAGAAAUCAAUUACAUUACAUUUUACUUUUUCAGUGCUAGUUUGAUCUAGCUGUUUACAUAUCUGGACAUCCAGGACAUCCACUGGAGCAAUGUGUAAUAUAAAACUAGAAUGAGUUGUAAAUUUGUCAGUGUAGGUGUAAAAUUUGUUCAUAUGCUUAGAAAAAAGUUGUAAAUUCUAUUAAUUUUUGUACAGUUAACGUUCAAAUAAAAUAGUU